AUGAUACCGAAGAUUGCUAUUACACUAGCUAUCGCGUUUUCUGCCACUUUAGCAUCAUCUGCAACUAUUAAAAAGAGAGUUAUUGGUGGAGAAGAUGCUCAGGAUGGUGAGAUAAGAUCUAUCGUCAGUAUUCUGAAUGAGAACAGCACGCAUGAAUGCGGAGGUAGUUUGCUAGACAGCACUACUGUUCUUACUGCUGCUCAUUGCAUAAAUGAAGACCAAAUCCUGUCUGUGAUGGCUGGAACAGUGGACGUUGAGACCCGGGGCGGGGUAGAAGCAAAAGUUGCAUCUUUUAGGAAGCAUCCUAAUUACACGCGGGAUAAGAACAAUGGAGGCCCUUGGGUAGAAAAUGACAUUGCUGUUUUGAAAUUGUCAACUCCGAUUGAGAAGAGCAAUACCAUUGACUAUGCCACACUGCCUCCGGUCGGCUCGGAUGCCAUGGUUAAUUCCACCGCGAUAGCUGCAGGCUGGAAAGAUGCUGAUUUGCAAGACAGGGGCAUACAAGCUCCUAUACUUUCUUUGGAAGGCAACUUUAUACCAGCUAAAAAACUUAGUAAGAUUGUUCUUACUAUUCGCGCACGCGAGGAUUGCGCCAAGUACGACGACGGUGUAGGAGAUAGAGACACUAUUAUAUGCGCUGGUGGAAUAGGCAAGAAUUUGUGUCUGGGGGAUAGUGGCAGCCCUCUUUUUGACCAGGAAACAGGACAGUUACUCGGUGUCAUGUCAAGGGGUAUCGAAGUGAGCGGGUCGUAUUGCUACUUUGCUCCCGAUGUGUUUUCCAGAGUUGGCAGCUACAUCUCUUUCAUUAACGAGAAUCUUGAGAAUUCUGUUACAGGCCAAGCCGCUUGA